GAGAAACUUGAGCCUCCAUUAAUGAAGAAGCUGGUGAAGGCAGGCAAUCCCAUGCAUAGCCAUAUUUAUGUAGGAACUUCACAGGAGAGGAUAAUCUUCAAAUGACGACCAACUCAUUGCUCAUGGAUCCUUUCGAUCAAGAAGACCUCUCGGCCAUAUUUCGCCAACGUAUCCACAAUUUCAUCGCGCCCUCUUCCUCCGUGCCUUUCACAAACAUUUCUUGCUUCACUUCCCUACCUCCAUCCACUAUAGAGCAACCAAGAUUUCAAUCACUCGGCCUCGCCAAAACGAUAAAAUCCGACCACAAUCCUAUCGCCAAUUGCCAGGUAGUGUCGAGCCAUCGCUCGGCACCGACCACCAAGAAAAAAAGCCCCCGACGAAUUCGGGCGGCGUCGCAAACCUAUGACCACAUUAUGGCGGAGAGACGGCGGCGGGAGCAGCUCAGCCAGCUAUUUAUUUCCCUUGUAGCUCUUGUUCCAGGCCUUAAAAAGAUGGACAAAGGCUCAAUUCUCGAAGAUACGAUCAAGUACAUAAAACACCUCCAAAAAACUGUACAGAAGUUAGAAAAAUUUGUCACAAAAACAACUGUAAUUGUAAACAAGUCACUAGUCGUGGUGGCCGAAGACGGGACAAUGUGGGAUGAGCCUCGCCACCACCUCCGGCAAUCUCUGUCGGAGGUGACGGCAAAAAUGCGCGACAACUACAUCCUCGUUAGAGUAAAUUGCGAGAAACACAAAGGCAUACUCGCCGGAUUGCUUCGCAAGGUCGAGAGCCUUAACAUGAACAUCAUCAACGCCAACACGAUCUUGCUCGGAAAUGUGGCCAUGGACAUUACGGUUGUCGCCAAGGUCGAUUUGGAGAAGGGCUUUGUCACGACGGAAAAGGAGGUCGUGGCGAUGGUGAAAGAAGUUCUCCGGCUGCCGCCACUCAUAGCGGCCGGAGAUUAGAAGGUAAAUUGUUUAUUAUAUACGGAAAUAAUUACAAGGUAAAUUAAAUUAUAUUUUCUAUAAUUUAAUAAAAAUAUCAUUUUUGUGCGCUUUAAAUUUUGUGUUAAGACUUUAAAUUUCUACACAUAAUUCUUCAUUAAUUAAAAGUCACAGGGAAAAUUUCGUCGUGUGCGGCUAUUUUCUUAUUUGUGCCAUCCCUCGUGGAUAUAUUACAUCACUAAUAGGUGCAAUAUUUUCACGUGGGAUCUCAAUAGUUAAAUAAAUAAAUUGAGAUCGUGGAGGAAUAUUUAAUUUUGCUGUGAACCCAUUACAUUCAUA